UUCAGUUCUUGCUGUUUGUUCGCGUUGUUCAGAUGGAGAGAACGCUCCCCAAUGAGUGGCAGGGAACGCACGCUCGCACUGCCAUUGCGGUGCUAUCGUUGAUCGUCUCCAUAGUCCUACCGUUGCUAAUACCCACCUUGGUGGAGCCCCGCGACUCCUGGGAGAUCUCUGUGUGGUAUCACGUCUGUCUGCUGCAGGCAAUCGGUGGAGUGCUGCUCAUCGUGGGCUCCCUAAAGUCUAACCAUUGGAUGUACCUGCCCUGGUGUGUUGCGGCCAUCGUUUUUAUCUACACUCUGCUCUACAAGACUGUGAGCUACUACUGCUAUCUGCAGAGUAAACCGGUAUACCUGGUAAUCCCCCUAUUUUACACCAUUGCGGGUUUCUGGCUCUACUUUCUGUGCGAUGUGUUUCAGGACUUUCUCGACCUGCAUCGUAAAUCCUCACCGCAGAUCCUCAGUCACGACCCAGUAUGAUUUUGUUGGUGUACUUUCCCAUUCAGAUUCACAUUCACAUUCACGGCAUUAAAGUGCACUCUCGCUUCUCCCACGUGAAA